AUGUCUGAGCCUCUCUACACUAUGUUCGCGGGCCCUGACGUCGACAACAACCAACAACUUCUUCUGGAGGGCAAACUCCCCAUCCCUGGUGGCCUGGCUUACCCUACCCAAGCCUUCCUUCGCCACUGUCGAUUGCACGACAGUUACCGGCCUCGUCCUUUCCCCUUGACGGUUGAAGAGCACGUGGACUUUUGGAGUCGCACCCCUGAGAACAAGGGUUCUGAGCCCCACGGCCUCCAUAAUGGCCACUUCAAGGCAGGCGCCCUCUCGGAACUGUUGGCUUCUUGUGACACGGCGUUUGGGGACCUUCCACUCCGUUCAGGCCAUGUUCCGGAACUCUGGAAGAACCUGAUGAACUUUGCGAUUGAGAAGAAGCCUGGUGACUUCCGCCCACAAGGGAUGCGGACCAUCCAGCUGUUCAACUCGGAGGCUCAAGCCAAAACAUUGCAUGGGUUAAAAGAGCAAGGGGUUGAAGUCUACAUUGACGAUGUUGGACUCUUUUCUAAUUCUUAUAAAGAACACAUGCAAUUGAUCAAGACAGUGGUCGAGCGUCUACAGGAAGCUGGCUUCAAAAUCAAUCCUUUGAAGUGUGAAUGGUGUGUUCAAGAAACGGAUUUCUUGGGCCAUUGGUUGACCCCUGAAGGUGUCAAGCCGUGGAAGAAAAAGGUAGACGCCAUCCUCAAAAUGGAUGCGCCUCGCAAUAUUACUGAACUUCGAGCUUUCUUGGGCGCCGUGACAUACUAUCGUCACAUGUGGCCGCGACGUUCUCACCUUUUGCAACCUUUAACAGCUCUCACUGGCACCAGAUCUUUUGUCUGGACCAACAAAUGUCAUACUGCAUUCAAGACUAUGAAGUCUUUGAUGGCUAGCGAUAUUUUAAUGCGCUAUCCAGAUCACAACAAGCCCUGCUUCUGA